AUGAAGAUGAUCAUCAAGACCAUCUUCGCCAUCGUAGCAAUAACCAUGGCCUUAACCCUACUUUUCACCACCCAAAACUCCAUUUCUCCACCACCACCGGAAACCCCUUCUCAGCGCAUCAAACCGGCGGCGGCGGCAGCGGCAGCAAAAAGGGUGGGGCGGUUUCUCCAGCAAAACGAGAACCCGAGAGCGGCCGACCAGUGCAACAAGGACGAAGAGAUCUGCAGCCAAAUUUCGGAAGGGAGAAACACGACUUGCUGUAACAACAAGUGCAUGGACUUGCAUUUCGACGAGAACAACUGCGGGGCAUGCAAGAACAAAUGCGCUUUUACGGAGUCGUGCUGCAGAGGGAAGUGCGUGAAUCUCGCGUUCGACAAGAGGCACUGUGGCGCCUGCAAUAAGAGGUGCAUGACCGGUGGAUUCUGUAUAUACGGCAUGUGCGAUUACGCCUAAUUAGGGCUUCGGAAUUUGAUUUGGAAAUUCGUCGUAAAAAUUAAGGUUUGUUUGU